GUGAAUUUGUCCCAAAGAAAAAAAAAGUCAUUUUUUUGUUUGCUUGUCAGACCCGCUUGUCAAACUCUUUUUUCUAUUAUCAACCCUUUCAAACAUGUCAAAGCCAGCCCAUCCGUUUAAGGAUGUCACGCAUAUCCCGAACGUUUUUUAUUUCCUGAGCACUAACCCACAACGCUAUGAAGCCAUUGACUACUUCAGAACCUUCUCGGACUUGCACACUUCCAAAAAGGCCACCCUACACAGGUACUGGGGGUAUGUAAUUGACAUCCUCCGUGCCAGCAGUAUCCCCAAGUUCCAUAAUAGCGGUAACAGGUUAUCGACAAUCUGGAAGGCCCCAGGUAAAGGAUUGACAGAUUUCUGGAAGCAGCAAGAAGAAACCGAAACCGCACAGGAUGAUCUCCAUGCAACCACAAUGAUGGUCCGAAAGAGGUCAUAUCGUUCAGUCCGACACCAUAUUUCUCAAGCAUUUAAUGCUGUUGACAAUCACACAGUCUAUGAAAGCAGCGGCUCAAAGAGAAGGCACUAUUCGGUAGGCCUUCUGGUGCAUGCCAAAGCAUUUGAAGAAUUGGAAAAGCCGGAGCAGGAGGAACUGGGUGAGAAGCAGUUGGAUAAGGAUAAGAAGGAGAGGGAGGAUGAGGAGGGCAAAGAGAAGGCGAAUAAAGAACAGAACGACGACGAUAAUGAGCUAGAAGAGAGUGCUUUCCAAAGUGACUCAGACGAGUGCGCUUCUCAAUGCUCAGAAGGGUCAGAGUACUUGCCAGGCGGAAAGAAAUCCCAAGCAGCAUCUAUUUACUAUUUCACGGGAAAUGGCAGCUCAGAUUGCUCCAAGGAGCUCUGGACCCCGUGGGUCAUUGAGGGUGAAGACCUUGCUGGGAAGAUUUGGGAGUAUCGAAUGAUGAUUUGCCAGAAGGCCAAAAAACUCGAGGCACUCUCUGGGUCUGUAGAGAAGUUGGCCAUAAACCACAUCUAUCUAUUCGACCCGAAAGAUACGUCAAGUGCCCUUUAUGAUGCCAUUGGGGCCGCACACUGGGCCAUUAUCACGUCUAUGUCAUUGAAUAAGCUCCUACCAAGUGACUCGAUUUCGAGCCUGGUAUCCUAUGCUAUCGAGUUGAGUCAAAUGUCUUAUGCUACUGCCCAGGAUUGUGUCUUGGACUGGGAAGGGGAUCGAGAUGUCAAAAAGAUCUUGAACCACUUGCUGGCUGAUGACUUUCUUUGGAAAGAUGCUGAUUUUAAUGAACUUGAGAUGGUACAGCAUGUAUUUGACCCAUUCCUCAAAACAUUUAUCUCCAGCAUUCAGGGCGGCAUUGGCCGAUGGGACAAGAUCUUCCUCCCAUCACAACAGAGGAAGAAGAACGCCCAUAUAGAGACAGAGGGUAGGGGAAGGCGGCCAGAUUUCUUCCUGCAGUGUGAAUUCCCUGGGUUGAAAAGCUUUUUAUAUGUCAUGGAAGCCAAGAAAACUAGUCAGAAGGCAACUCUUCAAAAUGAUCUAGAAAAGGUGGCAUUUCUCCUCAAGGAUGCCAUUGAUGACAUGGCUAGGCAGCGAGUUGAUGUUGUCAAGUUGAAAGUGUUUGGGAUGGUUGUGGUUGGGGUUGAAGGAGUACUCUACUCCAUGCAGUUGGUGGCAAGGGGCAUCUACAUAAUGAAACAAUAUGCCGUGGUAUAUGCCCCACGGUCCCAGUUUGACCUCUUUGUGGUAGCAGGAGCCAUCAAUACAUUCCUGAACCUGAGGGAGGAGCUGAUCACAACAAUGGAAGUGUGUCGAAAGUCCCGUCUAGAAAAACCCACAGACCUGACGCGGCCGAGCUUUGGAACCCCUAUCAAAGUGAACCGAACAGGCAUCAAAGAGGACUUUUCGGGCUCCCCUUGCCUUCGCCAAGUGGUUUUACAAACUGCCAAAUAGUAGGAUUUUAAAUAACAAUUUCCUCGCGCUCACUUAAGGCUACCUGAAAUCCCAAUGUUAGGAUUACCGGGAUUCAAUCAAGAUAUAGUAUAUUACUCGAUUAAGGGAAGCACUGCCAAAUCUAGAAUCUAAGCAAGUUUUGCCCACACGACUUCUAGCUCAACAGUCAAUCAAUCGACAUCCUACCAGCCCUAGCUAAAAGGGAAAGGUACAAAAAAGAGUCACCACUAGCUUCAACGUUCAUGAGUAAACAAGCCAAGGUUGCCUUCUCUCGAUGAAAGCAGAUCUUGGUCUACAAUUGAAGGCUCGUUUGAGAUAAUCUACCAGCUAUUCGUAAAGAGCUGCUGUUUACAAGAUGUAGCACAACACGUUGGCAUAAGAUGUUCGAGUAGUGACAUGACAAUAAAU